CGCUGCAGAGCAAAAAUGUACGCCUCACUCCUCCUCCUCCUCCUCCUCCUCACAAACCCGGUAUCACCGUCCUCCUCCCCGGAUCGUUUCACCAAAUCCGUCCCCUCUUCCCUCCACCGCCACGCGUCCCAAGAGUACUUCGAGCUUGGUGAACCCCUGCGGUUCGAUCGUCUCACCCCGUCCUGCUCCCUCCGCGUGCUCACCCACUCCUUCGCCAACACAAUCAACGGCCCUCCUUUCUCCACCCCCUACUCCCCGCCGUCCGGUUGUUCAUCCUCCCCUCCCUGGUCCGGGUGGUCCCACGUCGCCCUAGAGUUUCGUGCCAAAUGCAAAGGCGAGCAGUACGACCGUAUCGCCGGCUUGUGGCUCGGCGGCACUGAGAUCCUCCGUACCAGCACGGCCGAGCCCACGGAGGACGGAAUCUUCUGGAAGGUUCGAAAGGAUAUCACAAAGUACUCCUCUCUCCUCUCACGCUCCGGCCUCAACCUCACCAUGAUGCUCGAAAACGUCGUCAACUGCGACUACACCGGCGUUUACCACGUCGAAGUUCUCCUUUUCUACGACCAUGUCCUUUCCUACGACAAAAACGCCGCCGUUUCGCCUAUUAAGGUUUCUUCGAUCAUCCCAAAUCAAAUUUCCGGUAUCGUCCCAGACAAACCGGCCGAUUUGAUCCUCCCGAUAUCAGAUACCGGAAACAAAGGAUUCUGGUUCCGAAUCGAGAGCGAAUUCGAUUUACACUCAAAGGCAAUUCGAAUUCCUCGGAACGCAAGGCGAGUCGUUUUGGAACUGUACGUGUCGUUCCACGGAAACGACGAGUUUUGGUACUCGAAUCCGCCGGAUAUAUACAUCUCGACGAACCACUUAACGACGGGGAGAGGACACGGAGCUUACAGGGAGGUUUUCGUGACGAUUGACGGCGACUUGGUGGGGUCGGAAGUUCCGUUUCCGGUGGUGUUCACUGGCGGCAUUAACCCUCUGUUUUGGGAGCCGGUGGUGGCGAUCGGGGCAUUCGAUCUUCCUUCCUACGAUCUAGAACUGACGCCAUUUCUGGAGAAGCUUCUAGAUGGAAAACCUCACAACUUCGGAAUCGGAGUGACGGAUGCGAUUUCGUACUGGCUUGUGGAUGCCAAUCUGCACAUUUGGCUGGAUCAUCAGUCCAAAACCGUGCAAGCAAGACGCAGUUUUUUACCUCUGCCUCCGGCAGUCAGGGUAAAGCGCCGCUCGCAGUUCAAACAGCUUGAUGGGUCUUUCGACAUCAGGGCAGAGAGGAGUAGCCAAUUUGUGGGUUGGGUGUUGUCGAGUUCUGGCAACUUCACCACCACAGUUUCCCAGCAGUACGAGUUCAGGAACUCGAUUAAGUUCGCCAACAGUGGGACUUACAAAUUGGUGAAGCAGAAAGUGAGGGCGAAGAGGGAAGUGAAGGUUGUGGAUCAGAUAGGCGCGGCGGUGCUGAGGAGUAAAGUUAAGAGGAGGUACCCUCUCAAUAUGAUCACCGCCACGCUACCAGGGUGGCGGAAGGACACCUAUUUGCUGGUGACCAAUUUGUCGCAUUCGUUGAAGGAGAAGAGCCUGCACGGAAGAUAUUCGAGGCGGGUUUAUAACCGUCAGGAUUCGAGAGGGUGGAUGGAGGUGAAGGACCACUCUGUUCUCUCUGGGAAUGCAGAUACUAAUCAGAGUUUUAGUUGCAGAGAUGAGUAUGGUUGUUAUUCAAGAACUAUUGCAACAAUUGAUGGCAGCCUCACCAUGGAUAACUCCACCUUCCAUUGUUUGUCUGUCUCGUGACGACAACGGGAAUUGUUGCCGUUGUUCUUCUUGUUCCGUUUGCAAGAUUUCUUGGCUUCCAAGUAUCUGGUUUAUGCUUGAUUAUGUAUAGAUGUAAUAAUCUGCAUUUUAUUUGUAUUAUCUUAUCAUUCCAUUACAGGUAUGAAUAUAAAUUUUAUCUA